GAAGGGGGGUGGGAACUGAACAUGGCGGCGGUGGUAGCUGCUACGGCGCUGAAGGGCCGGGGGGCGAGAAAUGCCCGCGUCCUCCGGGGGAUUCUCUCAGGAGCCACAGCUAACAAAGCUUCCCAGAACAGGACCCGGGCACUGCAAAGCCAUGGCUCCCCAGAGUGCAAGGAAGAGCCUGAGCCCCUGUCUCCUGAGCUGGAAUACAUUCCCAGAAAGAGGGGCAAGAAUCCCAUGAAAGCUGUGGGACUAGCCUGGGCCAUCGGCUUCCCCUGUGGUAUCCUCCUCUUCAUCCUCACCAAGCGGGAAGUGGACAAGAACCGUUUGAAGCAGAUGAAGGCUCGGCAGAACAUGCGGGCAUCCAACACGGGCGAGUAUGAGAGGCAGAGGUUCAGGGCCUCCUCCCAAUACGCCCCAUCUCCAGAAGCUGGGUCUGGGGCACAAACCUGAGGAACACUGCAGCCCUCCCCUAGACUGUAUUGACUGUGGCCUCCAAACUGCAAAGUCCUUUGGGUUUGGCUGCAAAUCUGGUCUUUGCCUCUAAGGUCCACCAGAGGGCACACAAAGCCCAGGCUGCUGCCAGCACCCAUCCUUCCUCCCUACCCUCACCUCCCCGAAACCAGCCAAAGGCUAAUAAAGUUAUUGAGUGUUGAAGUGGAAAGGAA